ACACUGCAAAAAAAGAGCUCCUUCUCUCUCCUCCCGUCACCCGACAGCUGGAUGUUCAGAGGGAAGAAGAGGAAACAGAGGAGGAGGGAUGUGGACUCUCUCAGCCUGUGCAGCCUGGACAUCAACGAGCCCUGUAACAAGCGGGUGAAGCCUCUUUCUCGGGUUACAUCGCUGGCCAACCUCAUACCUCCAGUCAAGGCUGCACCUCUGAAGCGGAUCGGACAAACACUGCAGCGUUCCAUCAGCUUCCGCAGUGAGAGUCGGACAGAGUCGGUCAUGCCUCCCAGACCAUGGACGCGGCCGGCCCCGCCUGCCAACACCAAGCGGCGUGACAGCAAGCUGUGGAGCGAGACCUUUGACGUGCGGCUUGGACACCAGAUGCUGUCGUCCAAGGAGAUCAAUCGCCAAGAGGCGAUCUUUGAGCUUUCUCGAGGGGAGAAGGAUCUCGUUGAGGAUCUGAAGCUGGCCAAGAAGGCGUACCAUGACCCAAUGCUGAAACUGUCCAUUAUGACAGAACAUGAGCUCAACCAGAUCUUCGGAACCCUGGAAUCUCUCAUUCCGCUGCAUGAAGAUCUGCUGAGUCGACUGCGAGAGGCCAGGAAACCAGACGGCUCCACAGAACAUGUGGGACACAUCCUAGUGGACUGGCUUCCCUGUCUAGACUCCUACAACUCAUACUGCAGUAAUCAGGUGGCAGCCAAGGCUCUGCUGGACCAUAAGAAGCAGGACCACCGGGUGCACGACUUCCUGCAGCGCUGCCUGGAGUCGCCCUUCAGCAGGAAGCUGGACCUGUGGAACUUCCUGGAUAUACCCAGGAGCCGGCUGGUCAAAUACCCCCUGCUGCUCAGGGAGAUCCUCAAACACACACCUAACGACCAUCCGGACCGACAGUACCUGGAUGAGGCAAUCAACAUGAUCCAGAGCAUCGUGGCAGAGAUCAACACUCAGACGGGCGAGUCAGAGUGUCGUUUCUACAAGGAGCGUCUCCUCUACCUAGAGGGCAGCCAGAGAGACCUGCUCAUUGACAGCUCCCGCAUCCUCAGCUGUCACGGGGAACUGAAGAACAACAGGGGUGCUAAGCUGCAUGUGUUCCUGUUCCAGGACGUGCUGGUCAUCACUAGAGCCAUCACCCACAAUGAGCAGCUGUACUACCAGCUGUACCGCCAGCCCAUCCCCGUCAGAGAGCUGCAGUGGGAGGACCUGCAGGACGGGGUGAUACGCCUGGGAGGCUCCAUCAGAGGAGCCUUCAGCAACAACGAGAGGACCAAGAACUUCUUCAGAGUGUCGUUUCAUAGCAGUAGCCAGCUCCACUCCCACUCCUUCCAAGCCAGCGAUGCCUUCAACAAACAGCAGUGGCUCAACUGCAUUCGACAGGCCAAAGGAGCUGCUGAGUCGGCCAUGGGGGUAGUGGGGGUGGGGAUUCCUGUCGGGGUGGAAACCAGUAGCAGUGACCCAGAGCCCCCUCCAAGCCUACUCAGCCCCCACGGUCCUCUAAGCCCUACAACACCUCCCCUCUCAGGACCACUGGCCCCCCAGCCAAAAAGCAUGGACCAUUGUGACAGUGACUCGUCUGUAGACUCUCCAGGCUGUAGCAUGGACAUGGACACAAGCGAGGCUUUGGUCUCCCCCACAGGCUGCCCUGAUGGACCAAACAGACUCUAGUAGUAGCGGGCCAUCAGAAGUGUGACCUUUGGGGUGUCAUGGCCUCUCUGGGUUAGAGAGGCUAGAGGCUAAACCUUGGCAGUAUUGGUAGCAACAUGGCAAUGCUCCCUAUAUACGGGAGGGAAGAAAAACACUGUGGACAUUGGAGCACUUUUUUAUUCUACCCACUUUUUCAUUUGUUUUCUUUGUUGCUGAACUUGGAAAAAACCUCUCCUUCUCUCUCUUGAGCAUCUUUCUAUGAGACUGUGGUGUAGUCUGUAGCAGUGACAACCAUGUAUCUUAGCUGUGACUGUCAGGUCUACUAUGGAUGUCUACCUGGAGAGGAGGGAAGGCAGACAUGACUGGGACCUCAGGACUGUAUUGUUGUUUCUCCUGGUCCGACUCUGGGCCUCUAGAGACACUGCCAUCACACGUUAUCCCACUGCAGUACUACUGUGGCCUCCCAGAGCUAAGAGAAUACACUGAUGAUAUUCUCUUUGUGUUGAACUAAAAUAUAAACGCAACAUUUAAUGUUCCAUACGCACAAAAGGUUUAUUUCUCUCAAAUUU